AGUGGGACUCAGCUCAGAAUUCAGAACUUGAGAUCUGUUCCCACACAGUCUAGACUGAGUUCUGCAGUAGCCAUGGUAACCACCAUGCUGGGAUUGCUGGGAGUUAUGCUCUGUGCCCAUGCUGUUAGCUCAGAGGUCAUGCCACAGGCCGACUUUGACGUCAAGGGGGUGGCUGGAAAAUGGUACCUGAUUGGUUUUGCCACCAAUGCAGAGUGGUUUGUCACCCGUAAGGACAACAUGAAGAUGGGUGUCGCCAUGCUCAUGCCAAAUGACGAAGGUGACCUGGAGAUGGCAUACUCUAGCCUCAAUCCUGAUGGCACAUGUUGGAGAAUGAAUCAUCUGGCUCAAAGAACUGAUGUUCCCGGGAAAUUCAGCUUCCGCAGCGAGCGCUGGGAGAGUGAAAAUGACAUGCGUGUUGUGGACGUGAAGUAUGAUGAAUACGCUUUGAUCCACACCAUCAAGACCAAGGCUGGCUCCACAACUCUACUCAAUAAACUCUACGGUCGAACCCCAGACCUGGGACAAGAUGUCUUGGACAAAUUCACAGAGUUCUCUUUGGAGCAAGGCAUCCUGCUGGAGAACAUCGCCAUCCUUCCUAAAAAUGAUGAGUGCCCUUGAAUGGUGAAUUUGAAGAUGCUACCUGACCCCUGACCCUUCUGCAAGUCUCCCAGUGCCCCUAAAGAAUACUGACUGUAGUGAAACAUUUAAAGCGUCCCCCAGUGUUUAUUCUUUAAUAACCAGGCUUUUUUUAACCUUAAACUUAUCUGUUUUUUUCUUUAAUUUCUGUCUGAGUUUGGACCAAUAAAAUCUUUUGUGAUACUCA